CCUCCUCCCCCGCCGCGCCCCGAGGCAGCCUUUGCUCAGCGUCGCCGGGCCGGCCUGCCCUCAGGCCUUCGCCGCUGCUCGGGCUCCGUGCCGGCAGCGCCAUGGACGACUACGCGGUUCUGUCGGACGCGGAGCUGGUCGCCAUGCUACGCCAGUACAACAUCCCGCACGGACCCGUCGUGGGCUCCACUCGCAAGCUCUAUGAGAAGAAGAUCUUCGAGUACGAGACCCAGAGGCGGAGACUUUCGCCCCCGAACUCGUCCGCCUCCUCGUUCUCCUAUGGGUUCUCGGAUUUGGAUUCAACAUCUGAGGACUCGGAUAAGUACGAUCUGCCCAAGAAAGAGGAUGCCUUACUAUACCAGAGCAAGGGCUCUAAUGAUGACUACUAUGAGGAGAGCUACUUGCACACCAGGACUUAUGGGGAGCCUGAGUCAGUGGGCACAUCCAAGAACUUUCGGGAGCCCAUGGCUUCGCUCUCAGAUGCUGAAAGUUUUCGCCGUCAGAUGCGUGAAGACAAUCUUUUCACUUCCGAAGAGGAGGGCAAGGAUAGGGAAUGUCCCUCGUAUGCCAGGGACAGUGCCUACCAGAGCAUCGCGUACUACCGCCCCAUCUCGAGCAUCUCCAAGGGUACCCUGGGCCAACCCUAUUAUCCUACCACCUCCUCCACCUCCUCCACCUCCUCAUCUUCAUACUCUCCACCUUCGUGGCUCGCCCGCCGUGCCAUCCGGCCAGAAAAGCAGGUCCCGGGAGCCAGUCUGAGUCAGGACCGCCAGGUCCCUCUCUGGGGCCAGUUGCUCCUGUUCGUGGUCUUUGCUGCCUUCCUAGUCUUCGUUUACUAUUCGAUGCAGGCAGAGGAUGGCAACCCCUUCUAGGUGGAUCCCUGAGGGCCUGGCCUCUGAGCCAGCCCUUCUCAGAAGUUCUGGCUCCACUGCCAUAGUGUUCUGCUGGGGGCGGGGGGUGGGGCUAACCUGUGUGUUCCAGCUGGGCUGGGCCUGGCCCAGAUCAGUGCUUUGACCCCUGCCUCAUCCUGCCAGGGAGGCAGCAGGCCUUUCCCCAGAGCCUGCUUCUCUCUGCCUUUAGGGCUCUGGGCAGGCACAACCCUGCUCCUUCAGAGAAUACUGUCGUUGUCACCAUGCAUGCCUCCUGUUCAGCAUAACCUUCAGGGUGAGGGAUUAGCGGAAGGCAGCCUGACUUGGUUUUUGUGAACACACAAUAAAAAGACUUUAUUUUUAA